AUGAUACGAAUAAUAGUUGCAGACGAUCGACUUAUGAGCCAGAGCUUUUGGGAAUACAGGCGUGUGGUGGGCCAGAUCAAAGGCAUGGACUGUUCCGUAGCCGGGUAUGAAACAUACUGGAAGACAUUGCAUUUGAGAGAAUACUAUCUAUCCAAAUACCAAAAAUCAAUAUCAUAUCCCUCUAUUGGAGUUCGCCGAGUACAACCAAUCAUCCCAGAAGUGGGUGUUACGAAAGCGACAUCAAUAGCUCGCAAGCACGCAAGACAAACAUUUCUCCCUCAAAAAUUGUACGCAUUGAACCGUAACAUUAGAAAGCUAAGAACGCCCGCUUCUCCCGAUUCAUGGUUCCCCAGCAUGCCAUAA